UCCCUGGCCUGAGGUCCCAGGGCUGUGUGUGUGGCCUCUGGAAGGUCCAGUCAGGCUGUGGCCUGGGAGCCCCAGCGUCUGAUAGUGGGAGCCCACUGUAGGCGGAUGGUGUGUGCUCGGCAUGGACUGGGGGGCGCUGGUGCCUGAGAUGUUUUCCUGGUGACUGACCCCUUCCUGGGGUCUAGUGUUCCCUGGAGCUGCCCACUCACUCUCCAGAGCAUCUUGCCAGCCUGGCUGAGCUGUGCCAAGAAUCUGGGCUUGUAAGUGUGACCAGGUGUGAUCGCUGCCUGCCACAGAGCCCCAGGGUCCUGGCCCAAGGGGAGCAGGAUGGGCCGGAGGGAGGGACAGGCUUGGAGUUGAGCUCAGAUGCCUGCUUCUCGGGACCCACAGCAUGGGCUUCCCAAGGUGGCCCAGACAAAUACCCGCAGGCCUGGACCACACAGGCUCUGCCGGGGAGCUUGUGGCAUCGGGCCCAGAAGCCCCUCCCCCGACUCCUGCUGUCUUAGCCCGCUGUACCUUGUGGCUGCCUGCUGGGACUACUACAUCCCUAGGAGGAGCUGUUUGAGUGGCCCUUGUAGGGGCUGCCAUAGUCACACAUGUCUCGUCUGUUACCUCCAUUGUUGAGGGCUUGGUCCACUCCCGGGAGCAGGUCCCCUCACCCCAACUGCAGCCCUGCCCUCUGGGGGCUCUGCUCUGUCUGAAUGCCCCUUGUGUCCACCCGGGCGCCUUCAUAGGGUGGGAAGCUUUGCUCUCCUGCAUGGAGCCGGAAGAGCGGUCAGGGGCCUCCAGCCCAGGGCAUGGACGAGUGGGCUGGGCUUCAUCGUCAGAGCGCAGGCAGCUGCAGCAGGGUCUCCCUCAUCCUAGGAGGUGGUUGUGUGGGGUGUGGGGCCGAGGGGGCUUCCACUAGAGGUAGAGCGUGUAUCUGCCCCAAGCAGGGAGCAGCUCCAGCCGGUUCAAAGCAGGAACUGCCUGGAGCACUGGGUCAGCCUGGAGGGAGCAAGCACGGCUCAGGGAAAGCUUCCUGGAGAAGGUGGCAGCCUCACAGGCCUGAGCCCAGGAAGGCUGUGAGAGGGCGAACGGUCUUGUAUGGGGGGUUUUAGGUGCCGCCUAUCCCCGUGACUCCGUUUACCAGCUGCUGCCGCGGAGGUCGUCCAGUGCGCUGGAGCUGCGCCAGAGCGGGGGUGGGGGCCGGCACUGGGACGCGGUGCUCGCUGGAGGCGGUUCCUGUCCGGGAUGUGCGUCCGCGUGCAGGGUGCGCGCGUGUCCUGGCCGCGCGUGGCGCCGUGUGCGGCAGGGGCGGGCAGGCGGGCGACUCGGUGACGCGGCCCAAGCGCGGCGCCGAUCGGAGCGGGCGGAGCGGGCCGGCUGGGGCGGAGCGGAGUCGUCCGCAGAGCAGCCCCUCCCGGCCGCGGCCGCCGACCCCGGCCCCCGGCCCGGCUCUAUGGACAGGAGCUCGCUGCUGCAGCUCAUCCAGGAGCAGCAGCUGGAUCCCGAGAACACAGGCUUCAUCGGUGCAGACAGCUUCGCUGGCCUGGUGCACAGCCAUGAGCUGCCUCUGGACCCGGCCAAGCUGGACAUGCUGGUGGCCCUGGCUCAGAGCAACGAGCAGGGCCAGGUCUGCUACCAGGAGCUGGUGGACCUGAUCAGCAGCAAGCGCUCCAGCAGCUUCAAGCGGGCCAUUGCUAACGGACAGCGGGCACUGCCCCGGGACGGGCUGCUGGACGAGCCGGGCCUGGGAGUCUACAAGCGGUUUGUGCGCUACGUGGCCUACGAGAUCCUGCCCUGCGAGGUGGACCGCCGCUGGUACUUCUACCGACACCGCAGCUGCCCACCCCCCGUGUUCAUGGCCUCGGUCACCCUUGCCCAGAUCAUCGUGUUCCUGUGCUAUGGGGCCCGCCUCAACAAGUGGGUGCUGCAGACCUACCACCCUGAAUACAUGAAGAGCCCCCUCGUGUACCACCCCGGGCACCGUGCCCGUGCCUGGCGCUUCCUCACCUACAUGUUCAUGCACGUCGGGCUGGAGCAGCUGGGGUUCAACGCCCUCCUGCAGCUGAUGAUCGGGGUGCCCCUGGAGAUGGUGCAUGGCCUGCUCCGCAUCAGCCUGCUCUACCUGGCGGGCGUGCUGGCAGGCUCCUUAACCGUCUCCAUCACCGACAUGCGGGCCCCGGUGGUGGGAGGCUCCGGCGGGGUCUACGCCCUGUGCUCGGCACACCUGGCCAACGUCGUCAUGAACUGGGCUGGGAUGAGAUGUCCUUACAAGUUGCUGAGGAUGGUGCUGGCCUUGGUGUGCAUGAGCUCCGAGGUGGGCCGGGCCGUGUGGCUGCGCUUCUCCCCGCCGCUGCCCGCCUCGGGCCCACAGCCCAGCUUCAUGGCGCACCUGGCAGGCGCGGUGGUGGGGGUGAGCAUGGGCCUGACCAUCCUGCGCAGCUACGAGGAGCGCCUACGGGACCAGUGCGGCUGGUGGGUGGUGCUGCUGGCCUACGGCACCUUCCUGCUCUUCGCCGUCUUCUGGAACGUCUUUGCCUACGACCUGCUUGGCGCCCACAUCCCCCCACCGCCCUGACCGGCUACCUGAGUCUGCACAGGCCAUGGCUUGCACAUGGUGGCUGUCCCCCCAUGGGCCUUCACGCCUGCCCUUGUGAACGGACGUCUCAGGGCUGCUGUGCCCCUUGGGUGUGGGUGGCCUCGGAGGAGACCCUGUCCCGGCCAACUCCCUACCCCCAGGACUCACAGUCUGAGCCUUUUUGGAUAAUUAAUAAAUAUUUUGCAC